CGUGCCCAACCGGCGUAUUUUGCUACACAGUCUUCAAGCAAGUUCGCUUUCUCCACCCCCAGCACGACCUGCUGUUGUAGAUCUCUGCGUGCUUCUGGGUGCGACUUGCGUUUGGAAUGUAGCGCGUCACAGAGAACACCGCGAUGGACCUCAAAUCCGAACUUCUAAAAUCAAUCUGGUACGCUUUCACAUCGCUGGAUGUAGAACAGAGCGGGAAAGUGUCCAAAUCCCAACUAAAGGUGCUCUCACACAAUCUGUACACCGCCCUCAACAUCCCACAUGACCCCGUGGCCCUCGAGGAGCACUUCCGCGAAGAUGACGAAGAUGGACCGUUGUCCAGACAAGGCUACAUGCCCUAUCUCAAUGAGUACAUCCUGGCCAAGGCUAAAGAGGGGACUUUUAACAAAGAGACAUUUGAUGAGCUGUGCUGGAUGAUGACGGCGAAGAAGAACUACAGACCCGGUGUGGCAGGGGGCAUGUGCUCCCAACAAGACUGUUUCAAACUCUUCUGCCUGUUCAACCUGCUGUCUGAGGACCACUAUCCCCUCGUCAUGAUCCCGGCAGAGGUGGAGUACCUCAUGAAGAAGAUUUCCAUGGCGAUGAGCCAUGAUUGGGACCCCAAGCUGCUGGAGGACUUGCUGUGCCAGAAUCCCUCUCUCCGCGAGGGCCUGUCCGUGUGGGCGCUCCUGGAGCACUUGAACAACAGGAGGUUGCUCCAGAUCCCCAGCACAGAGGCCUUCAGCUUGGCUUUAGAUGAGGUCUUCCAGGAGAUGUACCACAACGUCCUUAAGCAGGGCUACAUGUGGAAGAAGGGACACGUCCGCAGGAAUUGGACUGAGCGCUGGUUUGUCCUCAAACCCUCCAGCAUCUCCUACUAUGUCAGUGAGGACCUCAAGGACAAGAGGGGGGAGAUUCCGCUGCACAGUGGCUGUCUGGUGGAGACCAUCGCUGACAAGGACGGAAAGCGAUGCCUGUUCUGUGUGAAAACGUUGCACAAGACCUACGAGAUGAGCGCCACGGACAUCAAGCAGCGCGUAGAGUGGGUCCAAGCUGCCCAGACGGCACUGCGUCUCCUCCGGGAGAGAAAGUCCUCCCUGCACCAGGAGCUGAAGCUGCAGAGGCGGGAGCAGAGGAAGAGCUGCCUUCCCAGACGAGAGGAGGUGCACAACCCACAGGAGCGGCAGGAGGAGAAGGAGCGUCAGGAGCAGGAGAUCGAAAACAUCAUCCAGCUUCAAAGGGCGGUGGAGACCCAGCGCAAACAGGCGGAAGAGCAGGAGAAAGAGCGGCAAAUGGAGGUGCAGAGAGAGCUUGAGAGACAGCUACAAGAGGCAGAGAAGGUGAGGGAGAGCAUGGAAGUGGAGAUGGCUCAGAAGGAGAGAGAAGCAGAGCAGCAGCGGGUGAGGAUCCAGGAGCUGGAGAUCACUCAGAAGAAGCUUGAGGCAGCACUGAAAAGUGAAAUACAGGCCCACAUGGAGGAGGAGAAUGCACGAAUGGAACAGGAGAGACUCCAGGAGGAAGAGGAAGAGAAGAUGAAGCAGCUGAUGCUGCUACAGCAAGAAGCAGAGGCUGAGCUGCUGAGGGCCCAGCAGGAGAAACGGGACGCGGAGGAGCAGGGGAUCUCCAGCUCCUCUGCUGUAGACGCAGCCUCCCAGGAGCUGCAGACCCUGAGGGAGACGCGCGAGAGGAGCAACCAGCAACUGGAGGAAGCUAAGGAGAAACUGCGUAAUGCCAGCCAUAAUGUGAAGCUCUGGAAUGUACAACUAAAUCGGUUGCUGAAGCCCAUCUUACCAGGAGAACGUUUGGAGUCUGUGAAGCGCAGUCAAGAUGGUCCAGAUAAAGCCUUCACCAGCCGAGAGUUCAUUACCAAAUACAAGCCCAGUGUCAUUCCGAAGUCCAACGGCCAAUCAUCUGAGGAAGAAGGGGACCUUCAGGAGCACCUGGAGGCUGUCAGCCUGUCAGAUUCUGACCAAACACUUGUACAGGAUGUUAGGCGAGGCCAAUAGAACAGGAAUUCAGGGAUAGAUGCUCUCCAGCUUGGAAAUUGGGGGGUAUUUUCACACUCUAGACACUACAGUGCUAAUUGUGGUUGCUUGUUUUGAAGUAAUAUACCAUUUACCAAUUCACUAGUUGACUACCAAUAAAUGGAUGGCUCAGUCAGUAGUGACCAAUUUAACUGGGUCAAUGGGUCUUAUAUACAUAGGGGUCCUAGAAUUUCACCAUCCUCCAUCCACUAGGGAAGUGGAAAGAAACCCUUGAUACUCCAUUACAUUAACCUCCAUCAAACUAAUUGUUAGCGCUUGUGUAACAUUGUGCUGUGAUGCCUGUAUAAUCAGAUUGAAAAAAUCAUUCCUAGGAUCAUCAUCAUCAUCACUGGAUCAACUUUUGCCUUUACCCAAAACUGAUUUUUUAUUAACUGAAAACUUUGAGAAAAGCUUGAAUUACCUUAAUUAUCUCUGGCCACGCUGUGGAUAAGCAUCUAUAUAUAAUCGGAAAAUGUAUUUAAGCUUAUUUGUAUAAAUGUGAUUGAUCUGAAUGAAUUUAUGAAAUUAAGAAUUAAGGGACAUCUCUUUACUGUUAACACUGAGCAGUAUUACAUCUCUAUUAAUUAUAACUGGAUUGUGGUGUGUUCCUUUUCUCCAUGUGCUAAAUCAGGCCUAUGCUAAAUGCACAGUAUAACCAAAUAAACAUUGCAUGUGCAAAUACAUGCUAAACAUG